CUCUCGCAUAGGAAGCACGCUGACGCAGUACACACCACACACGAAAGACCCGACGCGUUGCUUUUCCCUUACUCCUCUUUAGAGUUUACACAGACACUCCGUUACCUACAUAACUAGUUAUGAAAAACUCUCUCGUACCUUCCAUCACAGAGAGAGGAUCACACUCGGAAUGGGAUACUUGUCCAUGGGGGCACUGGUUCCUACAGUGAAAUCGGAGGCAUCGCCUUCGCGAACACCGUAUUCGGCCGCGACAGGCUCGGCGGCUGCGGAGAAGAUGGAAAGGGAAAUGUUGUGUCCGAUAUGCAUGCAGACGAUCACGCACGCAUUCAUCACAGCUUGCGGACACAGCUUCUGUUACAUUUGCAUUGUAACGCAUCUUCGGAACAAGAGCGAUUGUCCCUGUUGUAGUCAUUAUCUCACUAACAACCAUAUCUUCCCUAAUCUGUUGCUCGAUAAGUUAUUGAAGAAAUCCACUGCUUGUCAAGUAGCAAAGACUGCUUCUCCAGUUGAAAAUCUUAUUCAGGCAUUGCAACAGGGCUCUGAGGUGUCAGUUGAGGAGCUAGAUGGCCUGUUGUCUCUUCUUACAGAGAAGAAGAGAAGAAUGGAGCAAGAAGAAGCAGAGAAAAAUAUGAGAAUCUUACACGAUUUCUUGCAUUGCCUAAGAAAGCAAAAGCUGGAAGAGCUCAGUGAGAUUCAAGCUGAUCUUCUGUACAUAAUGGAGGACAUAAAUUCUGUAGAGCAAAAGAGAUUUGAAUUAUACAGGGCGAAGGACAGAUGCUCAGCAAAAGUUAGGAUCCUUGAUGAUCCUACAACAGCAAAAUUGUGGCCCUCAUUGAUUGAUAGACAUAACAAUGGCAGCAUCUCUGAUGCCUGCGGUCUCCAGGAGGGGACAGCAUCAGGAAGUUUACAGAACAAGAAAGCGGAUGAGCAGGCCCAAAUAAGCACUCAAGUUCUUCAAAGAAAAGAAGCUGGUGGCAGAGCAGAUUCGGAAUAUUUUACUCAGGCAGGACAAAUUGUUGCAAGAAAAGGACGGAUCUAUGCUCAGUUUAAUGACCUGCAGGAAUGUUACUUGCAAAAGCGUCGCUGCUCAAAGAGACGGUCAUCUAAACAGAAAGAAACGAAUGCAGAUUAUGUGAGUAGAGCAGGUUAUAAUCCUGGCCUUAAGGAUUUCCAAUCUGUGCUGAACAACUUUACACGAUACAGUCGAUUGAGGGUCAUUGCUGAACUUAGGCAUGGCGACCUUUUCCACUAUGCGAAUAUUGUCUCGAGUAUAGAAUUUGAUCGCAAUGAUGAAUUCUUUGCUACUGCUGGAGUUUCUAGGCGCAUUAAGGUUUUUGAAUUUAGCUCGGUGAUAAAUGAACCAGCGGAUGUGCAUUGCCCUGUUGUGGAGAUGUCCACGAGAUCUAAGCUCAGCUGCUUGAGUUGGAACAAGUACACGAAAAAUCAUAUUGCUAGCAGCGAUUAUGAAGGGAUAGUAACUGUAUGGGAUGUAACUACUCGUCAGAGUGUAAUGGAAUAUGAGGAGCAUGAGAAGCGAGCUUGGAGUGUGGACUUUUCACACACUGAACCUUCAAUGCUUGUAUCUGGCAGUGAUGACUGCAAGGUCAAAAUUUGGUGCACGAAGCAAGAAGGCAGUGUCCGCAACAUCGACAUGAAAGCAAAUAUUUGUUCUGUCAAGUAUAAUCCUGGAUCCAGCAUUUAUGUUGCAGUAGGUUCCGCAGAUCAUCAUGUUCAUUAUUAUGACUUGAGGAAUACUAGCCAACCAUUAUAUGUUUUCAACGGGCAUAGGAAAGCAGUUUCAUAUGUGAAAUUUAUGUCAGGCAAUGAACUUGCAUCUGCAUCUACUGAUAGCACACUUUGCUUGUGGGAUGUAAAGGAGAAUUUACCGCUGCGUACAUUUAGAGGCCACACAAACGAGAAGAAUUUUGUUGGUCUAACAGUAAACAGUGAAUACCUUGCCUGUGGCAGCGAAACAAAUGAAGUGUUUGUUUAUCACAAGGCCAUCUCUAAACCUGCAGCUUGGCAUAAAUUUGUUUCUGAUUCGGAAGAUGCUCAUGGUGAUUCAGGGUCGUACUUCAUUAGUGCUGUGUGCUGGAAGAACAAUAGCCCAACAAUGUUAACUGCAAAUAGCCAAGGAACAAUUAAAGUCCUUGUACUUGCAUCCUAAUGGUGAGCCUUGAAAGUCAUUAGAACUAUCUUGACAUGGCGUUUGAUAAUUUAUUUGGUGGGGAAGAAGGGGCGACUUGAAUUUGAUGUAAUGAAUGUGAGGAUCUGAGUUUUAAUUAUAACUAUUGUGUUUUUAGUUUUUUGCAAUGAUAUAUAAAUGUAUAUCAAAAUGUAUUGGAUAUCAAAAUGUAUUACAUCAGAGAGAGGCAAAAACAUU